GCCGCGGCCGCUUCUGCUCGCCGAGCUGCUGCCGCCGGGCGGGCGGGCGGGCGGGCUGACGCUCGGAGCUGGGGGCCGCGCGGCGGGACCGGCGGGACGCGGCGGGGCUGACCGGCCCCGAUGAGGCGGAAGGAGAAGCGGCUUCUGCAGGCGGUGGCGCUGGUGCUGGCGGCCCUGGUCCUUCUGCCCAACGUGGGGCUCUGGGCGCUGUACCGCGAACGGCAGCCCGACAGCACCCCCGGGGGAUCUGGGGCUGCGGUGGCCCCAGCGGCCGGACAGGGAUCACACAAUCAGCAAAAGAAGAUAUUUUUCUUGGGAGAUGGACAAAAGCUGAAGGACUGGCAUGACAAAGAAGCCAUCAGAAGGGAUGCUCAGCGUGUAGGAAAUGGAGAACAAGGGAGACCGUACCCCAUGACGGACGCUGAGAGAGUGGAUCAGGCGUACCGAGAAAAUGGAUUUAACAUCUACGUCAGCGAUAAGAUCUCCCUGAAUCGCUCUCUCCCUGAUAUUCGGCACCCGAACUGCAACAGCAAGCGCUACCUGGAGACGCUCCCCAACACCAGCAUCAUCAUCCCCUUCCACAAUGAGGGCUGGUCCUCCCUCCUGCGCACCGUCCACAGCGUGCUGAACCGCUCGCCCCCGGAGCUGAUCGCCGAGAUUGUGCUGGUUGACGACUUCAGUGAUCGAGAGCACCUGAAGAAGCCUCUUGAAGACUACAUGGCCCAUUUCCCCAGCGUGAGGAUUCUCCGAACCAAGAAACGGGAAGGGCUGAUAAGGACCCGGAUGCUGGGGGCCUCAGCGGCCAUUGGGGAUGUCAUCACAUUCUUGGACUCACACUGUGAAGCCAAUGUCAACUGGCUCCCCCCAUUGCUCGACCGCAUCGCUCGGAACCGCAAGACCAUCGUGUGCCCGAUGAUUGACGUGAUUGACCACGAUGACUUCCGGUAUGAGACCCAGGCGGGGGAUGCCAUGCGGGGCGCCUUUGACUGGGAGAUGUACUACAAGCGGAUCCCAAUCCCUCCAGAACUGCAGAAGGCUGACCCCAGUGACCCAUUUGAGUCUCCCGUGAUGGCCGGUGGACUGUUCGCCGUGGACCGGAAGUGGUUCUGGGAGCUGGGCGGGUACGACCCAGGCCUGGAGAUCUGGGGAGGGGAGCAGUAUGAGAUCUCAUUCAAGGUGUGGAUGUGUGGGGGCCGCAUGGAGGACAUCCCCUGCUCCAGGGUGGGCCACAUCUACAGGAAGUACGUGCCCUACAAAGUCCCCGCCGGUGUCAGCCUGGCCCGGAACCUGAAGCGCGUGGCGGAAGUGUGGAUGGACGAGUACGCCGAGCACAUCUACCAGCGCCGGCCCGAGUACCGCCACCUCUCCGCCGGGGACGUCGCUGCCCAGAAGAAGCUCCGCAGCUCCCUGAACUGCAAGAGUUUCAAGUGGUUUAUGACCCAGAUCGCCUGGGACCUGCCCAAAUUCUACCCGCCCGUGGAGCCCCCGGCCGCAGCAUGGGGCGAGAUUCGCAGUGUGGGCACAGGGCUGUGUGUGGACACGAAGCACGGGGCUGUGGGCUCCCCGCUGAGGCUGGAGAGCUGCGUCCGGGGCCGCGGAGAGGCCGCCUGGAACAACAUGCAGGUGUUCACCUUCACCUGGCGGGAGGACAUCCGGCCUGGAGACCCCCAGCACACCAAGAAGUUCUGCUUCGACGCCGUCUCCCACACCAGCCCGGUCACCCUCUACGACUGCCACAGCAUGAAGGGCAACCAGCUGUGGAGAUACCGAAAAGACAAGAGCCUGUACCACCCCGUCAGCGGCAGUUGCAUGGAUUGCAGCGAAAGCGACCACAGGAUCUUCAUGAACAUCUGCAACCCCUCCUCUCCCACCCAGCAGUGGCUGUUCGAACACACCAACUCAACAGUCCUGGAAAAGUUCAAUAGCAACUGAGCCCACGUGUCUCCGCCGCAGGCCUGGCGGGGUCCUCCCUGCCGCUCACUGCGGCCUUCCUCUUCCCGGAGAGGCGGGGCUUCCGUGGGCACCGAGAGGCAAAGGUGCUGGCCAGCCGGCCCGGGCGGAGCUGGAGCCAGGGGGCCGCCUGGUCCUGAGGCCCCACGCCGUGGAGGGGGAGAGGAGAGCAGAGCCCACAGCGGCCCCAGGAGAUGCAGAGCCUGCUUUAACCCCUGAUGGCACCGUGGAAGGCCAGGCUGGCCUCCGCAACUCCGUCACCGUGUUCCCUUGGGCAUUAUGCGGGAGGAGCGCCAGGGCAGCCCCAGGCCGCUCAGAAAUGAGGCUCGCAUAUGACAGUCCUUUAGAAAGAGGCAGUUUUGCCUGUUCGAGGCAGCUGUUAGCACACGACCCCCCAUUUGCAGCAGGAGAGAAGGGGCUGCUGGUGUCAGCCUUGUCGUGUUUGCCGGUCGUGGGGUCAGUGCAGUUCGCUUCGUUCUGUCACAGCCCCAGGUGACGCGGCCGGGCCCUCAGAGUGUUCCGUCCUGAACACCGGCGGCUGCCAGGCCGGGGGUCAGAUGCUGGACCCUCAGACAUUCCUUUGCAGCGUGGACAUACGGGGUGCCUCUCCUUGCUCUCUGGGUGCUGGGAAUGCCCACUUAGCGCCCUCCAGGCACAAGGACCGCCCAGCCAUCAGCCUUUUUAGGCUGUUUCCGAUGGCCUUGGGCCCAUGGAAGAGGCCUAGUAAGAUCCCCAAACCAGAAAUUCUGGCUGAAUUUCCCUGGUCAGUACUUCCACUUCUCUUCUUUCCACCCCCCCCCCCCUCUCUC